AUGUUCAAGUUAAACAACUUUGAGGAGUUUUUCGUUUAUGUGGAUUUCAUCUAUGCCACCAUUGGCAUUGAAUCGUGGGCUAGACGGGAACGCAGGACUCGAUGCAAAAAAUAUCUUAAAACAAUAAUAUUUUACAUAAAUAUAACGAAUAUGAAUGUGGUUAUGUUGGCUGAAAUAUUAAAUCUGUUUUUAUCGACAACGGAUACUGUGGACAUUCCCGAUUUGCUCAUGUCCAUGUCCUACAUUGGGUUUGUAAUCAACUCGAGUUGGAAAAUCUAUAUGAUAUGGAAAAAGAGACCGCUAAUAGAAUCUCUCAUUUGUGAUUUUCAUGACAUAUUUCCGACGAAAUUGAUACUACAACAGGACUAUGGUGUCCAGGCGUACCUACGCAAGUGUCAUCGAAAGUCAAAAUUCAUGUCACUUUUAUUUGUUUUUGCCAUUUGGUUUUUCAAUCUGCUGGCCAUAUUGGAGUUCGGGAUUUCGUCAAGAAAUGCUCAUCACUCGCGAUCGCAACAGGAACUUCCCUAUUUCAUGUACAUCCCCUGGAAUUGGCAAAAUCAUUGGUCGUACUAUCUGCUCUAUAUCAUGGCUAGUAUGGCUGGUCAUACCACCGCCAUGGGUAACGUUUCCAAUGAUUUGCUACUAUAUUCGCUGAUUUCCCAACUUAUAAUGCAUUUCGAUUUUGUGGCAAAUACGAUGGAAAGCUAUGAGAUAGGGAGUGGUAGUAAGGGCGUUGCAAAAAUGGAAGGAAGGGAGAAUGGAAACGAUUUGGAAUUUUUGAAGAUUUUCAUAGAAUAUCACAGUCAUUUGUUAGGCCUAUCCGAUCGCUUGAACGAUAUAUUUGGACUACUGCUGUUCGUGCAUUUUGCCUCGGCAACAUUUGUGAUUUGCUUGCUGGGAUUUCUGAUGACAAUUGGAACUUCGUUUCUCAGUCUCUUCAAAUUAUCUUUAUUUUUGUUUACCAUGCUAAUACAAUCGGCAGAGAUAUGUUCCUAUGGUCAAAUGUUGAUGGAUUCGAGUCUAAGAGUAUCAACAGCAGUUUUAACUACCCAAUGGCUAAAGACUGAGGUAAGAUGUCAAAAAAUGUUGAUUCUAAUGUCUAAACGUGCCCAGAGACCGGCUCAACUGAAGGCCACAUAUUUCAUAUGGAUCUCUCAGGGGACAAUGAAUGAGCUUCUACAUUUGUCCUAUAAAUUCUUUACAUUACUAAGAACAAUGUAUGUUAAGAAGUAA